GAGACUGAGUGCUUUACAAACACUAAGUAACAGAAUAACACAUUCAAACUCAUUGAUGGAGCCAAAUGUCACGUGACUCAUUUAUAUUAUUCCAUUUAAACCGUCACAAAUAUUAAAGUUUAUGAAUCACGGAUUAGAAACAAAUAAGCUUCACCCGUCCUGCUAAGCACCGCCCUUCCUGCUUACGUCAUCGGAGAAGCCACCAGUCAGACCACGGGGAGCGAGUGAAGCGAGCGAGGCGGAAGUGUGUUCACCUGCGGAAGAGAGGACGGAAAGAGGCUCGUGCAGUGAUGAAGAAGACGAUGACGGUGUCCUCUCUGCCGUAGUAUCCAUCCUCUCGGUGUCUCUCAGCAUCAGGAUGCAGAUCCUGGUGGUGAAGCUGCUCGGCCUGCUGGGAUUGUUCGGACUCAUGCUCACAGGAGUUCUGGUCCCAGUUCGCCUCCUGCUGGUCGACUAUGACAAGGCGCACAGGUACAGGAGAGCGUUGUCUCUCUGCAACUCGUUUGGUGGAGGCGUGUUCCUCGCCACGUGCUUCAACGCUCUGCUGCCCGCCGUCAGAGACAAGGUGGGCGAUGUGUUCCAGCAGCUGAAGAUCACCAGUGAUUACCCUCUGGCUGAGACGAUGAUGAUGCUCGGCUUCUUCCUCACGGUGUUCGUGGAACAGACCGUCCUCACCUUCAGGAAGGACAAACCGUCCUUCAUUGACCUGGAGACCUUCAAUGCCGGCGGCUCUGAGGCCGGCAGCGACUCAGAGUACGACACGCCCUUCAUCUCCUCAUCACGGGGCACGGCAGCUGGCGGCGGUGGCGGACACUCACACGCACACUUCAGUCCGGUAGAGCUGGCAGGGGCGGGGCCUCUGCGGCUGGCCAGCCUGGUCCUGGCUCUGUCGGCUCACUCGGUGUUCGAGGGCCUGGCACUCGGUCUGCAGGAGGACGGAGCCAAACUGGGAAACCUCUUCCUGGGCGUGGCCGUGCACGAGACGCUGGCCGCUGUCGCCCUUGGCGUCAGCGUGGCCAAGGCGUCGCUGGGUUUAAGAGAAGCCGCCAAGCUGGGCGUCACCGUCAGCCUGAUGAUCCCACUGGGGAUGGUGGUGGGCAUGGGCAUCGAGUCGACUCAGACGCUGGCAGGGAGCAUCGUCUCAGUGGUGCUGCAGGGAUUCGCCGCCGGCACCUUCCUCUUCGUCACAUUCUUUGAGAUUCUGUCCCGAGAGCUGGAGGACAAACAGGACCGUCUCCUCAAAGUCCUCUUCCUCAUCCUUGGGUACGCAGCGCUCGCCACGCUAGUCUUCAUCAAGUGGUGACGGACAGGAAGUGACUCAUGCACACAGCAAUACCAAAGCAAAACUCUUAAAGGAACAGUGCAUUCUGGGAAAUGUGUUCCUUCACCUUUGACCUGGACUCUCGCUGAACUUUAUUAACAUCGCUGAAUAUAAAGGUUUCCACUGAGCUGUUCCUAAUAUUCUGAUCAUCACAUACUUAGUAAAACAUAGACGUGGUAGGUGUACCUAAUAAAGUUUUUUUAAAGGUUGUAUUAAAGUUAUAGUUUAAAUGAUCCUGUUCAUGUUUUAAAUCUGGAAACAAAUUCAUUCAUUCAUGUUUUCUGUGUUUGUCAUUGUGUGUUGUGUUGAAGAUUAAAGGGGCAGUUAGUGUAAUAAAAAGAACACACAAAGUCACUUUAA